AUCAUUAAAAUCACAAACAUUUUAACGUGAUGUAUGCGAGUAUCAGAAGGGAUUAUUGAAUCCAAUGUACAUUAAUACUUUCCUGGAUGGGGAGGGGUAUCCGAAUAAUUAUGCAAUUUCGCGGGUGAUCUCCCUUUACAUACCUCUGUUGAUGUUGAAAAAUAGUGCAGAAAUACAUGUGUGUGUCAGAUAUAUAUAGAAAUAGUUAAUGACUAUAUGUUAAAUUGAAUGUAGGGAGUCCUAUAAUAGUCUGCAUGUGUGUCGAGUUUUAUUGAACGUAUCGCUUAUACUACCACUCAAUGAAAAAAGGUCACUGUUACUAAUUAACGUUACUGUGUUAAAAUGUGUUAUAUCAAAAGAAAUAAAAAACAUGUUUGUGUAUAGCCUAAAAUCAUUUGUUACCUCUGGAGUAUCUUCAAGAUUGAAACGAUGUUUAUCACGCGGAUUUCUUACCUCACAACAAACUCAGUGUUUUGGAACAGCGUGUACAAUGGAAUACGAAGAUUUUAAAGACAAGAGAGCGUUAGUUACAGGUGCUGGCAAAGGUAUUGGUAGAGCAAUCGCAGUAAAAUUGGCUAACCUAGGAGCUCAAGUAUAUGCUAUAAGUCGGACACAGACUGAUCUGGAUAGUUUAAAACAACAAGUACCAUCGAUAGAUACACGGUUGCUGGAUAUAUCAGACUGGGAUAUAACAAGGAAAGCUGUUGAAGAUAUUGGACCAAUUGAUUUUCUUGUGAACAACGCUGCUGUCAUUAAAAGAACUCCGUUCCUGGAAGUUACAAAAGAGGAAUUAGACGAUCAACAUACCAUUAAUUUCCGAGCCGCUUUCAAUAUUACUCAGGUUGUUACAAGAGGAAUGGUGUCACGUGGUACAGGUGGAGUGAUUGUAAAUGUGGGAAGUAUCUCUGGUAUAAGAACAACAAAUAAUAGAUCUUGUUACGGCACCUCCAAAGCUGCUCUAAAUAUGUUAACAAUGUCCCUGGCACAUGAAUUAGGACCUAAAAAGAUUCGUGCAAACAGUGUCAAUCCAACUGUUGUUUGGACAAAUAUGGGGGAAGGUGGAUGGAAAGAUCCAAAACUAAAAGCUGCUGCAAUGGCAAAAAUACCAAUUGGCCGGUUUGCACUUGAAGAUGAUGUUGUGAACGCUACAAUAUACCUGCUCAGUGAGAAAUCCUCGAUGAUUAAUGGUGUAAUAUUACCUAUAGAUGGAGGCAUGAUUAACAGCUACCUGUAACAUAAAUGUGAAAUUGAGCCGCAUCACGACAAAACCAACAUAAUGCGUUUGCGACCAGCAUGGAUCCAGAC